UCUCACUGCAACUUCAGACAGAUUAGCCGAUCAGUAGUUGUGAAUAUGGCGUGCAAGAAAGUUGUCUGUCUGCUUGGGAAUCAAACGAAAGUUUGCAAAAUAAACGUCCCGGCUUUCACAACCGGAAUACGUAACAAAGCUUCUUGGGAGCCCGUCGAAAAAGAAACGCAUACUGGCCAGAAAUGGGACGCGAAGGAUUAUCGAUUGGUGAGAUUUGUGGAUAAACCAAAACAAGUGAAUCCAAACUGGGCUAUUAAUUUAAUCGAUGACGUUCCGCCAACUCCAACAACGAAGAGAGUUGUUGCCUGUGACGGUGGAGGUGGACCCACUGGACACCCUAAAGUCUACAUUAACUUGGACAAGCCUGGGAAUCAUUCCUGUGGGUACUGCGGACUUAGAUUCUACAAAGAAGAUGCUCACUAGAUUAUAGGUUCGGUAACAAAAACUCAUAGUGUGUCAAGCAAUUGGCAGAAUGUAUUGAAUUAGUUGUAUCUAUCUCAUCGCUACUCUGUACAACCAUAUGUGUAUAAUAUAAAUUAUAAUGUAACAUUUUUUUCCUUA